CGGCCGGGAGGGGCCGGCGCGGAGCCAGCGGCAGCCGGCAGGCGCGCAGGAGGGCGGCCCCGCCGCGGCGCAGCCCUGGGGCCCGAGCGCCGCCCCGCCCGCCCGCCGGGCGUUGGCAGCUGCGGGAAAGCCGUCCCGGCUCCGGGCGGCCGGGCAGGGGGGCCGCGCCUCGCUGGGCUGGAGGCUGCGGGGCCACGGCCGCAGAUGCAGACACCAUGGAGUUGAGCUGCAGUGAAGUACCUCUUUACGGGCAGAUGACGGUCUAUGCAAAGUUUGGCAAAAAUGUUUAUCUUCCUAAAGAUGCCGAGUUUUACUUUAUUUAUGACGGAUCUCAUCAGAGACACAUCGUGAUUGCAGAGCGCACGGAGGAUAACGUUCUCCAAUCCAGCAUUCCAGGCCACGGGCUUCAGGAGACGGUGACAGUGUCUGUGUGCCUCUGCUCGGAAGGUUACUCCCCAGUGACCAUGGGCUCUGGCUCGGUGACCUACGUGGACAACAUGGCCUGCAGGCUGGCCCGUUUGCUGGUCACCCAGGCCCAUCGCCUCACGCCUGCUAGCCAUCAGACCCUGCUAACCCCGUUUGCCCUGACGGUGGGAGCGUUGCCUGCGUUGGACGAGGAGCUCGUGCUGGCGCUGACCCAUCUGGAGCUGCCUCUUGGGUGGACUGUCUUGGGAAAUUCUUCACUUUCAGUUUCUCUGCACAGAGAAUCUCUCCUACACCUCGCUGUGAGAUGGGGCCUGGCUAAGCUUUCCCAGUUCCUCUUGUGUCUCCCUGGGGGAGUCCAGGCCUUGGCUCUACCCAACGAAGAGGGUGCCACGCCAUUGGACUUAGCUUUACGUGGCGGACACUCGAAGCUGGUUGAAGACAUCACAAAUUUCCAGGGCAGACGUUCCCCGGGCUUCUCCCGAGCGCAGCUCAGCGAAGAUGCCUCCCUGCGGUAUAUUCAUUCGUCAGAGACGCUGACCCUGACGCUUCACCACACAGCCGAGCAUUUGCUGGAGGCAGAUAUUAAACUCUUCAGGAAAUAUUUUUGGGAUAGAGCCUUUCUCAUCAAGGCUCUUGAAGAGCAAGCAGCCAGGCCAGAGGAGAGAUCAGAUAUGCCCUCCAGUGCUGCAGAAACCCAAGAAGAGAUUAAGGAUUUGGUGUCUGGCAGAUCAUUUCCUGAGGAGGAGGAUGUAAAGUGUGCGAAAAGCCUGGCAGUUCAACUGAAUGAGUAUGAAGACCGGGACAGUCUAGAUUUGGAUCGCUCCUUUGACGUCAUCAAAAAGUCCAGCCACCCCCCUCAGUUCCUCGCUGCAGGCCGGCUGUCCGACAUGCUGAACGGGGGCGAUGAAGUGUAUGCUAACUGUAUGGUGACAGACCAGGUUGGUGAUUUGGAUGUUAACUACAUUAAUAUAGAAGGAGUCACUGCAAACGCCUGCCCUGAACCCGCGGGUUCUCCUCGGGGGCCUCAGAGCUGCAAGCACAUUCUUCCUACCGAGGCCGGCAGUGGCACGGGCACGAGCCCGCUCAGUGAGAGCAGGGAGGUGAUGUCGAAUCCUGAAGCCGGACGGUCCGUCACGUCAUCUAGUUCGUAUGCUUCCAAUUUGAACCUUUCGUUUGGUCUUCGUGGAUUUGAAAAGGAACCAAGUCACCUAAAGAAAAGAAGCUCUAGCCUCGAUGCCCUGGAUGCUGACAGUGAAGGGGAGGGGUCGUCUGAGCAGGCCCACGUGUGUUACGCUCCGGGGUCUCAGAGUUCCUCGCGGACUGGGCUUCCCAGUGGGGAUGAACUGGACUCUUUUGAGACCACCCCUGAACCAGAUUUCAACAUCUCCAGGACCGAGUCACUUUCUUUAUCAAGUAACCUGCAAUUGAAGGAGUCCUUGCUUUCUGGAAUCCGUUCACGGUCUUAUUCCUGCUCAUCACCCAAAAUUUCUUUAGGAAAAACUCGGAUGGUGCGUGACUUUGCAGUGUGCAGUUCAAGUGAAGAGCAAAGAGCUUACAGCUUUCCGGAGCCACCAAGAGAAAAAAGAAUUCAGGAAGAAGAAUGGGAUAAAUACCUCAUGCCUGCCAAAUCGGAGUCUGAAAAAUACAAAGUGAGCCGAACUUUCAGCUUCCUCAUGAAUAGGAUGACUAGUCCUCGGAAUAAAUCUAAGACGAAAAGCAAGGAUGCCAAAGACAAAGAGAAACUGAGUCGACAUCAGUUUGUUCCUGGAACGUUCUCUGGGGUUCUGCAGUGUUUGGUUUGUGAUAAAACGCUCCUGGGGAAAGAGUCAUUCCAGUGUUCUAACUGUAGCGCAAGUGUUCACAAGGGAUGUAAGGACGCCGCGCCCCCGUGUACCAAGAAAUCCCAAGAGAAAUACAACAAGAACAAACCGCAGACCAUCCUUGGAAAUUCUUCAUUUAGAGACGUCCCGCUGCCUGCUCUCUCCUUGCACCCUUCUUCCUCCAUGCCGAUUGGAUUGCCGGCCGGGAGGAAAGAAACUUCGGGGCAGGUCCAUCCGUUGUCCAGAAGCGUUCCAGGAACCACCUUGGAAAGCUUCAGGAGGUCGGGGCCGUCCCUGGAGUCUGACAGCGACGGGAGCGCCUGGAGAAGCAGGUCUCAUUCCGAUGAGCUGUUACAGUCUGUGGGCUCUUCUCCCUCCAUGGAGUCUUUCUUAAUGGAAGAUGUUGUGGAUUCGUCCCUGUGGAGUGACCUCAGCAGUGAUGCCCAAGAGUUCGAAGCAGAAUCCUGGAGUCUUGUGGUGGACCCCUCGUUUUGUAGCAGGCAGGAGAAGGAUGUCAUCAAAAGACAGGAUGUCAUUUUUGAGCUGAUGCAGACAGAGAUGCAUCACGUCCAGACUCUGUUCAUCAUGUCCGAGAUCUUCAGGAAAGGGAUGAAAGAAGAGUUACAGCUUGACCACAGCACUGUGGAUAAAAUCUUUCCCUGUCUAGACGAGUUGCUGGAAAUCCAUAGGCAUUUCUUCUACAGUAUGAAGGAGCGAAGGCAGGAAUCCUGUGCUGGCAAUGACAGGAAUUUCAUCAUCGACCGAAUUGGAGACAUUCUAGUACAACAGUUUUCAGAGGAAAAUGCAAAUAAAAUGAAGAAAAUAUAUGGAGAAUUCUGUAGCCAUCACAAAGAAGCGGUUAGCCUCUUUAAAGAACUCCAGCAGAAUAAAAAGUUCCAGAAUUUUAUUAAGCUCCGAAGUAGUAAUCUUUUGGCUCGGCGCCGAGGAAUUCCAGAGUGCAUUCUGCUGGUCACUCAGCGCAUCACAAAAUACCCUGUCUUGGUGGAAAGGAUAUUGCAGUACACAAAGGAAAGAACUGAAGAGCAUAAAGACUUAUGCAAAGCUCUUUGCUUAAUUAAAGACAUGAUCGCAGCAGUGGAUUUAAAAGUCAGCGAAUAUGAGAAAAACCAAAAAUGGCUUGAGAUCCUAAGUAAGAUCGAAAACAAAACAUACACGAAGCUCAAGAACGGCCAUGUGUUUCGGAAGCAGGCGCUGCUGAGUGAGGAAAGGACCCUGCUCCACGACGGCCUUGUGUACUGGAAAACGGCCACGGGCCGCUUCAAAGAUAUCCUCGCUCUCCUUCUCACUGAUGUGCUGCUCUUUUUACAAGAAAAAGACCAGAAAUACAUCUUUGCAGCCGUUGAUCAGAAGCCAUCCGUUAUUUCCCUUCAGAAGCUUAUUGCUAGAGAAGUUGCUAAUGAGGAGAGAGGAAUGUUUCUGAUCAGUGCUUCAUCAGCUGGUCCUGAGAUGUAUGAAAUUCAUACCAAUUCCAAGGAGGAACGAAAUAACUGGAUGAGACGGAUCCAACAGGCAGUGGAAAGUUGCCCAGAGGAAGAAGGAGGAAGGGCAAGUGAAUCUGAUGAAGAGAAGCGGAAAGCUGAAGCACGAGUGGCCAGAAUUCAGCAGUGUCAAGAGAUCCUCAGCACCCAAGACCAGCAGAUUUGCACGUAUUUAGAGGAGAAGCUGAACAUCUAUGCUGAGCUUGGAGAGCUGAGUGGGUUUGAGGACGUGCACCUGGAGCCCCAUCUCCUCAUUAAACCCGACCCCGGGGAGCCUCCCCAGGCGGCCUCGCUGCUGGCAGCAGCCCUGAAAGAAGCUGAGAGCCUACAAGUUGCAGUGAAGGCCUCGCAGAUGGGCGAUGCAUGUCCAUCAUCCGAGGAAGGUUGUGGAGAAGCUGCCUUGACGGAUACGCUCAGUUCUCAGGACGUGCCAGGAUUGCCUACUGCUUGUGCACUUCCAGCACUAGUCACAGAAGGGACAGGAGGAAGAGGCUGCUGGGAUGUGGAUCCCGGGACCCAGGGUGUGGGAACCGACUUGGCGGUCUCUGAUGCAGGGGAGAAGGUGGAAUAUAGAAGUUUCCCAGGUUCUUCACAGUCGGAGGAUCUUGUUUUUCAGAUUAUACAAGCGAUACAGAAUCUAACCCGUCUCUUGUACAGCCUUCAGGCCGCCCUGACCAUUCAGGACAGUCACAUUGAGAUCCACAGGCUGGUUCUCCAGCAGCAGGAGAGCCCGGCCCCCGGCCCCUGUCUCCGAGGCAGCGCCUUUCAGGACCAGGAGAAGUGCCGCAGCCUGGAGAAGCAGCGUGAGGAGCUGGCCAACAUCCACAAGCUCCAGCACCAGUUCCAGCAGGACCAGCAGCGCUGGCACCGCAGGUGCGACCAGCAGCAGCGGGAGCAGGAGGCCAAGGCCAGCUGGCUGCAGGAGCGCGAGAGGGAGUGCCAGUCACAGGAGGACCUGCUGCUGAGGGACCGCGGGGAGCUGGACCAGCAGCUCCAGGAGUACCAGCAGAACCUGGAGCGGCUGAGGGCGGGCCAGCGCCUGGUGGAGAGGGAGCGUGAGAGGAUGCAGGCCCAGCAGAGCCUGCUGUGCGGCUGGAAACACAGCCGGCAGAGCAGCCUUCCCGCGGCGUUUUCUCCGGGAAGUACAGAGGUAAUGGAACUUAAUCAAUCUGAGAGUUUAUGUCAUGAAAAUUCAUUCUUCAUCAAUGAAGCUUUAGUGCAAAUGUCACUUAACACUUUCAACGAACCAACUCCAUCAGAUAUCCUUCAGGAUGCCACUUACCUCCCAAAUAUAUCUAACUCUGAUUUGGUAAGGACUAGAAAGAACCAAGUAGACCUCAAGACGGACGUUUCUCAGCCCUCGGAUGUCAACCAUGAACUGUGGACAGCCACUGGGUCCUGUCAUCAGAUACCCCCUCUCCACCCAAGCAGCAAGGAUUCUUGUAAAAAUGAGAAAACACUUGAUGGUGUGAAAAUUAGUCUGAAAUCUUCGUCUCCCUUUUCAGAUUUGGACAUCUCCCAGACUGAGUUCCCACCCCUCCACGACUCAGCUCCCCAUGGCCCUCAGCUGCAGACGUUCAUAGAAGCAAAGCUAAGUCUACAGACCGCGACCAGACCAGACAGGGAAACUGGAGACAGAGCCGAAGAAAAUAUUGUUUACCUCUAAUUGUAUUGUCGUUAUUUUUCCAUACAAAACAAAACACUGGCAUUUGGGGGAGAAUUUUUUUUUUCCUUUCCUGAUGUGUGUGCGACUGUCUGUGUCCAAAUUGCUUUAAGAGUAAUAUUUAAUAUUUCAUGCAAGUUCAUUUUUGGGGCAUGAAUCUAAUAAUUAAAUUAUUGGAAGCAGCUCUGUUUGUGCAAUCGUUAACUUAUCACACCUAACUUCUGAUUUCUGGAGGGGAAAUUAACUUGAAUAAGGAGAAAUAUUUUCAAAGUUAUUAUGACUCUAGAGUAAAAUUCCAUAUUGCGUUUUCUACUGAAUCAUCUGGUUUUCGAAAUGCCUUUUAAGAUGUAAACAAAGCAAUUUGGAUGGAAAGAGUCAUGUUCAUGAUGGGCAAACGCUCAAAAUCACAGCAGCUCAUUACAGAGAGUGGCCUCAGUGCCCCAAAAGGCGAGGAUGCCAGAAAGGCCUUUUCUUGGCUAGUUUUUACGUGCUAAUUUCUCUUUAGGAUGUCAAAGGGGUCGCUGAUGGUUGUGAUCUGUCACAGUCACCAUGCAACCAACGUGGCCUGUCUGGGCACCUGUUCUGACCAGGUGGCCACUCUGCUAUGGACACAAUCUGGACUCUCAGGACCUGGGCCACCUGCUUUGCAGACACACUUUCUUGGUCCUGAUGCUGGUCCGCUUUCAAGCCACAGUUCAGCAGCAUCUUUCAACAGAGCCCGGAGGCAGAGCCGCACAAGUCAGUCUUGAUGUAAACAGUGACACUCCAGUGGCACCCUCGCUUCUCUCACCUAGCCCCUUUCCUGGCAGCCCUGGGAGCACCAGCAACCAGCACUCACUAGAAGGAUCUCUCCCCGUUGUUCUUUAAGGACAAAACUGCACGCUCAGUGAAGCUUGCUUCCUGCAUGUGCUUUUCCAAGUGCGCUUCCUGCCUCCGGAGUAAUAUGGGUCUCUGUGUGAGAAAAUACACCGGGAAAUGUUUUCAGCUUGUUCUUCAGAAAUAUUUGUACAUGUUUGGGUCGAUGUCAAUAAAUACCUUUUACCUCACUA